ACAAAAACACGUCAGCUGUCAAAAUCUGUUGUGUCAUGUCAUCGUAAUAUUUUUGUUCGCUCCUUGGACUGAAAUAGUCUAAAAAAACAGCAAAACAAUAGCGGGAGGUUUACAACUGCGCUAGAAAACUUAAACUUAGGCGUUCCACAAUGCAUUGGUACGGAGGAAGCAUCGCUGAGGCGGUUACGCUGUCCAAGCAAAAAAACGCUAUUUUCGUUGUUUUUGUCGAAGGUGAGAAUGACCUUUCUGCAGAGAUGUCAGCCACCAUCGACGACUCAGCGGUGGUGAAGCGGCUCUCCGACCAGACCAACUUCCUGGCCAUCAAGCUGAAGAGCGGCACCACUAACUACACACACUUCGCGCAGAUCUACCAGUUUGUGCCAGUGCCAUCCCUAUUCUUCAUCGGGCGGAAUGGCACUCCCUUAGAGGUGGUCUGCGCAGGCGUGCAGCCGUCCAACCUGGCCACCAGGAUCGACAGGAUAUUGGAGGAGCACCACAACGAGAAGCAGCCAUCGAUGCAGCCUUCCACGUCAGCACAGAACGUUCGCGAACAAACCUCGAGUCUGCUGCAGGCUGAGGCCGCGGCCAGCGCUGCACCAGAACCUAAGCCAGCACCAGAGGAACAGCCUGAGACCUCAUCCGGUCCAGCGGCCAAGAUACAAAAGACCGAGCACCACGAAGUAACCAAGUCAGGGCAGGAGUACGAUGUAGUAUGUGAUGGAGACGUGUGCGUGAGGAGGCCCCGCGCCGCCGGGGCGGAGCCCGGGCCCAGCCAGCGCCCCGAGCCUGUCUCCGCCGCGACCGAGCACCACGAAGUAACCAAGUCAGGGCAGGAGUACGAUGUAGUAUGUGAUGGAGACGUGUGCGUGAGGAGGCCCCGCGCCGCCGGGGCGGAGCCCGGGCCCAGCCAGCGCCCCGAGCCUGUCUCCGCCGCGACGGAGCACCACGAAGUAACCAAGUCAGGGCAGGAGUACGAUGUAGUAUGUGAUGGAGACGUGUGCGUGAGGAGGCCCCGCGCCGCCGGGGCGGAGCCCGGGCCCAGCCAGCGCCCCGAGCCUGUCUCCGCCGCGAACCACACAAGUCUAUUGAGAAGACCGAAAAGACCGCUACAAUUUCUAGCUCAGCUGAAGUGCUCUUCGUCUAAGUAUGUUCAAGUCGAGCGCCAAAAGACGGAACACCACGAAGUAACCAAGUCAGGGCAGGAGUACGAUGUAGUAUGUGAUGGAGACGUGUGCGUGAGGAGGCCCCGCGCCGCCGGGGCGGAGCCCGGGCCCAGCCAGCGCCCCGAGCCUGUCUCCGCCGCGUCACAGAUGGAGACCGAGCCGUCAGCUGAAGACAGCACAGCGAGCAUGGAAGAGAAACUGGAACGGGCUAAGGAGCUGAUCGAAGCCAGGCGGCGGGAGAAGGCACAGAAGGAGAAAGAGCUGGAGAAACAGAAGGAGUUAGAACGUCGCUCGCAAGGGCAGGGAAUGACUGAACUCAAGAACUGGCAGGCCGAGCAGGAGUUACGGCAGAUUCAGGAGGAGCGCAAACGCGAGAAGUUCGAGAACAAUCUAGCAAGGCAAAGGAUUUUAGAGCAGAUAGCGCAGGACCGCGCUGAAAGACGGGCCCGUGACCAGGCGCCGCGGGCGCCGCCCGCGCCUCCCGCGCAAAGCGGAGCCACGUCUGGUGACGGGUCGGGUCGCGCUCGCGUUCAGUUCAAACUGCCGGACGGCCGCUCGCACACCGCGCACUUUGCGGCUGACGAUACGCUGGCGACCUUGCAGCAACAUAUCGCUGACAACUUGCAGAUGUCAGCGUCCAACUUCUCCCUCUGGACGGCGUUUCCUCGCCGCGAACUAAGCGACCCUAGCGCCACGUUACGACAACUGGAACUAGCGCCGUCCGCCGCCUUACUAGUGCUGCCCAGGCGUGCGCCCACACAGGUCGCCGCGCCCUCGCCCGUCGCGUCUAUAGUCGCGAUCUUCACCCAAUUCAUCACCUCAUUCAUCCUGGCGCCCUCACAGCAACUCUUCAACUGGAUCCGAGCGCGUCUAUUCGCUCCCCCACCCCCCACUACCCCAAGUCAACCCCCUCGAGCCUCCCCCCCUCCCGGCUUGCGUAGGAGGGGGAAUAUUCAUAGACUGCCCGGGGAUCGAGCGGCGGAUGAUGAUAAUAACACUUGGAACGGGAAUUCCACGCAGCAAAUGUAGGGGUUUGGAGGUUUUUAAAUGGGAGGCAUUGUGGCCCAAAGGGGGAUUUAUUUAGACACUAAUGACUGGAUCAGGGUUGGGCAUUCUGAGGCCCAGGGGAGACGAAUCAGAUUUAUUUAACUAAUAGAUUAUUUGACACCAUUCCCCAAUAAAUAAAUCGCAACUUAUUUAAAAAGACACUUCAUUCUUUUCUUAAGUCGCGGUCUUUUAUUUAAGGCGGCGCAAGAACGAGACGUAUUGUGUAAACACGCACUUCGGUUAGUUUCGUCGACUAUAAUACUUCGGUGUGCGUGCUCGCGCUUCGUCUCGGUCAAUUUCCCGUUAUUAUAGUGUCCUUGCGCCUUUAGACACUAAUGGCUGGCCCAGGGGUCUAUUUUGGCCAGGGGAGGGCAUUCAUCAGAAUUUUAUUACUGGCUCAUUUUUAAAUAGUUAUUCUGGCACGCAUUUAGGGUGCAUACUUUAGGGCCACUGUUCUUUCCGUUUUCCCCUGGCGCCUAUGGAUGUAAGUUUAUCAAUAAGAUGGAUGUCAUCUCUAGUGUGUUAUACAGGGUGUCGAUUUUGACACUUUGAAUGGUGAGAGAUAGAAAGAGUUGUGUUUUCUGUAAGAGACAGUUUGGCAAAAAAAUUAAACUUUCUACUGUCUUGUUAAGACAGUAUGCUUUUUUUUAAUUGCUGAUUGUUAAAUUGUCUCUUAGUUGUUUUUAGACAGCAAUAUGAGUGGGCACUCACUAUACAGAAAUCAUUCUUUAAACUAAAUCAAAAUAUAAAAACUUCCUGUCGAUUUUUGUCAAACUGUCCUUAUGUUGUAUAACAGAUAAUUGCACGUCCACCCUGUAUCAUUGCAAGUAUUUCUUCUAUAGCUCGGUUUUAUUCGAGCGAGUAAAGUGACAGAUGUGACAUAACCAUUAAAAAUGGCCGACACCACAGAUAAACAAUCAAAAUGUCAAAUAAUGACAGCUCUAAUGACAUUUUACUCGCACGAAUCAAACUACAAAAAGUACUAUCAUAUAUCUAUGGUCACCUCAAUGCUAAAAAAGUAUUUAAUGUAUUUUAGUCUAUGGUUUCUGGGGCACAUCUUCGUAAGAGGUCCCACCAAGUAGAUAGAUGAAUUUGAUGGACGAUUUUAAUCAUAGUUGUUAAUAAUGACUUCUACAAUGGAUACUUAUAUUUUAAUGUUAAUUGUUAAUUUCCACUAUUUAUUUAAAGACAACUUAAUUUUGCUUGUUAAAUGAUAUCAUGUUGAUAAGGAUUAAAAUUAAAUCAUUUAGCGCUUUUAGAUAAUAAUUUUCUUACGGCCAUAUUGUUUUCCAAAAUAUUCAUAAAUUAGGAUAAGAUUCUGGAUUGAAAUGGUGUUAAAUAAAAAUUGCAUAAUAUAUUAUGUAGGUAUGUUAAAACAAAAGUUUGCAUGAAAAAAGUUACAUGUCAAAAUUUACUAUAACAACAAAAAAUUGAAAUGGCAUACGAUCAUAUCAAUCGGUAAAUUGUAAUAAUCGAAUGGUUCGACUGUAAAAUGCGAGCCCAUUAAAUUUUUUUUUCCGUAAUUGAUCCAAGGGGCGUUUGGAUUCUUUUCAUUCCGAUGAGUUGGUGCUACAGUAUAGAUCGUUUCAUCCACAAAGAC